AUGUCGGGAAGUCAGCAUCACUCCCCUUACAACUCCAAUCCUUCCCCCAAUUUGCCAUACCGGCCCUCCUUUUCGCCAACGGAACAACAACACCAGAUUCCGUACCAGAGUCCUGCCCUUCACGCCCCUCCACAUCAACCCACAAACGGCCAUUCCACCACUCCUUUACCACCCUUAAACUCCACGUACGGGACUGGGACUCGCUCUGGCUAUUAUGAUCCGGUAGACCGCUCGGGGGAUAUGAACUCUAAUAGCUGGGCCUACCAAAACAACGGAUACGAUAGGAGACCUUCGAUCCAAUCCCAACCUACGCGAGAACAACGUUAUAGCUACGGUGGUGAUUCUACGGUCGAUCGCUCUCACGGAGGUCCGCAGUCGCCAGCUCAUCUUGUCGAUCAAAGCUCAAGGCUGAGCUAUCCCCUACCCUCACCAUCACCAGUUACAGGACGAAUGGAUACGGGGAGCAUUCAAUCUGAUUUGAGGAGAACUUCUAUGGCAUCUAGCGUGCAUCAUUCCGACUACGCAGGAACCCAGCCUGAACCAAGUUCGCCCACAACGAAAGCUACCCCUGUGCGGCGCGGCGGCGCAAUGUCUAUAUCUGCCCUCCUUUCCAACGCCGACGAACCUGCCAACGAUAAUCACAACACAAACGCUCGCGCACCUCAACCGUCUAAAACAAAUUCUAUAGAUCGCGUCAUCCGGCACAGUCCUGAAUCAACCACAAAAUUGAUCGCACGACAAGGCCCAGCUGCUCGGACCACUUCAACUUCUUUCCAUUCUAUAGACAACGAGGCUGUGGAUAUGGAACCAGGGACCAAGGGUAGCGGCAAGAAAAAUAAUACCGAGGUUGAUGAUGAUGACACUUUCGCGGCCGAGAGAGUGGAAUAUCUAAAGAAUUCGCGAAAGCGGCAGUUAGAGAUUGAAGAUCAAGAGUCGGAGAGGCGAAAGCGACGUCGCGUUAUUUACCAAAACAAGCUUCACUUCCAACUCGACAGCCACGCCAAAUCAUCACGUGACCGCGCACGCCAAGUAUUCUACGAAGAGGCAAUGGAGCAGGUAAUGAAGAGGGAGGAGGAAGAUGAAAAAGAACGAAAGAAAGAGCAGCAGAGGAAGCGUCGGAGGGAGAAGGCUGAGGUGGAGAAGCGGGCAAAGGCAGAAACAGCAGUAAAAGCAGCACAGGAAGCGGCGGAACGAGAGGCCAACGAGAAACAACAUAGAGACGAAAUUGCUAGACAGAGGUCUGCUGAGAGAGCCGCACAGAUGGAAUUGGAUGGGGCACUUGGUCUCGACGCUCAAGAUUCUGAUGCUAGUAACGCCUUUAUGAUCAUUGAUGAAGAUGGUGGGAAAUUGAAACGUAGAAAGAUCGCGAAGAAACGGCCAUCGAAGGAAAACAAAGAGGAAAUAAAAGAAAUAAAAGAACCAAAACCGAUUAAAGAGGUGGUUAAAGAAGAAUACGUUCCGCAUGCCUCUAAGGGUUAUGUUCAAAUUUACGAGCAAAUUUGGAAGGAUAUUGCCAAAAAGGACAUUCCUAAGGUACAUAGGAUCCAACAGACCUCACUUUCUACCAGGCAAUCAAACCUUCGAAAAACAGCUCAACUUGCAUCGAAAGAGGCUCAGCGGUGGAAACUUCGAACCAACAAGAAUGUCAAGGACACCCAGGCUCGUGCAAAGAGGUGUAUGCGCGAGAUGAUGUCUUUCUGGAAGCGUAAUGAAAGGGAGGAACGAGAUCUGCGUCGUCGCGCAGAGAAGGAAGCAAUCGAACGUGCAAAGAAGGAAGAAGAGAUGAGAGAGGCCAAACGACAAGCAAGGAAGCUCAAUUUCUUGAUCUCUCAAACCGAACUCUACUCUCAUUUCAUUGGGAGAAAAAUUAAGACAGAUGAAGUGGAGAGAUCAACAGACACAGUUGGGGCGGAAGGUGGUGCCGAAACUGUCAAGCCGCCAGUCCGGACACCCGGAAUGCCGCAUGUGGCCGGUGAUAAUUCCGGGAAGGCCGCUGCAGUUACAAACUUUGAAGAUCUGGAUUUCGAUGCGGAAAGCGACGAGGCACUCCACCAGGCAGCAAUGAAUAAUGCACAACAUGCCAUCCAAACUGCUCAGGACAAGGCCCGUGCGUUCAACAACCCUGAAGGGACCGACGUUGCAAAUCUCAACUUGGAUGAUGGCGAAAUGAAUUUCCAGAACCCUACGAGUCUCGGUGAUAUCGAUAUUGAACAACCAAAGAUGCUUAAUUGUCAGCUCAAGGAAUAUCAGUUGAAAGGUUUAAACUGGCUCUGCAAUCUGUAUGAGCAAGGUAUCAACGGAAUUCUCGCGGAUGAGAUGGGCCUUGGAAAAACUGUUCAAUCUAUCUCCGUGAUGGCUUAUCUUGCCGAAGUUCACAACAUUUGGGGUCCGUUCUUAGUCAUCGCACCCGCAUCAACCCUUCACAAUUGGCAGCAAGAAAUUGCACGAUUCGUACCCCAGCUUAAGGCCCUUCCAUACUGGGGAAGUGCAAAGGAUAGAAAGGUUUUGAGAAAGUUCUGGGAUCGAAAACAACUCACUUAUACUAAGGACUCCCCGUUCCAUGUUCUCAUUACAUCAUACCAGCUUGUUGUCCAAGAUACGCAGUACUUCCAGCGAAUGAGAUGGCAAUAUAUGAUUCUGGACGAGGCGCAAGCUAUCAAGAGUUCUUCUAGUUCUAGGUGGAAGGCCCUGUUGGGAUUCCAUUGCCGUAAUAGAUUGCUACUAACUGGUACCCCAAUUCAGAACUCUAUGCAGGAACUAUGGGCGCUGCUACAUUUCAUCAUGCCAAGUCUUUUCGACUCCCACGAUGAGUUUAGCGAAUGGUUCUCCAAAGAUAUCGAAAGUCACGCCCAAAGUAAUACACAGUUGAAUGAGUCCCAACUACGCCGUCUGCACAUGAUUCUUAAGCCUUUCAUGCUUCGUCGUGUCAAGAAGCAUGUUCAGAAGGAACUAGGGGAUAAGAUUGAAGUUGACGUAUUUUGCGACCUGACAUAUCGCCAGCGUGCAAUCUACAAGGGUUUGCGUGACAAAAUUAGUAUAAUGGACCUCAUAGAGAAGGCCGCUUCCGGUGGAGACGAAAAUACUGCAACUUUAAUGAACCUUGUCAUGCAAUUCCGAAAGGUUUGCAAUCACCCUGAUCUUUUCGAAAGGGCAGAUACAAGGUCACCAUUUUCUUUGACGCAAUGGGCCGAAACAGCCUCAUUUUUGCGGGAGGGUCCCGUUAUCGAUGUUGCAUAUACAUCAAGGAAUAUGAUAACCUACUGUGUUCCUGCAUUGGUUUAUCGCGAGGGUGGGCGGCUAGAUUUGCCAGGACCCGAUUCAAAUCAUGGCAGCCGAAAGUUCCAGCUAUCUAAUAUUUUGAAUAUCUGGAAGCCAGAUCAUAUCCAUAAAUCAAUUAGAUCUGAUAGGAACAGUGCCUUCUCAUGGCUUCGAUUUGCCGACACCAGUGCAAGCGAAGCAUCAGCAGCGUUUCACAAGAGUCAAUUCGACAACUCUUUAACUUUGCGGACAAGGCGAAAUCUAAGCCAGUUUUCCACCGUUUACGACGAAGAGAAGCCAUGGAUUCCAUCUCAUGCGAUGUUCCUCAUCUCAGAACUAGCAGACAAGAGACCUGCAGCGGAGGUUACUGUAGAAGGUCAUAUGGCUGCGUUACUUAAUGUGUCUACCAAUGUAUUCCGCGAAUCCAGAAUGCAUUGCAUGGAGCCGUUAUCAUACCCGGCCGCCACUGCGCCACCGAUAGCCCUACUUUGCUUGAAUCAAGGUGCUGUGAUUGAACAGGAAACUCACCUCUUCAACCCGCGCGUUCGAAAGAUCCUCUACGGCCCAUCGAUGCCUGAGGAAAAGCAUCUCUUGGAGAACCAUGUUGAGCCCGCUGACUAUCCUCUUUCUAAGGCAUUACCAGCUCCGUCUUCGGAGAAGGCAGGCUACGCUCGUAUUCAGGUUCCGUCUAUGAGGCGCUUUGUUAGUGACUCUGGGAAACUUGCAAAGCUAGAUGCUCUCUUAACAGAGCUUAAGGCUGGCGGUCAUCGUGUUCUUUUAUACUUCCAGAUGACUAGAAUGAUGGAUCUUUGUGAGGAGUAUCUUACCUAUCGCCAUCACAGAUAUCUUCGGUUGGAUGGGUCCUCAAAGCUCGAGGAUCGUCGUGACAUGGUAGCGGCUUGGCAAACCUCUCCCGAGAUAUUCAUCUUCAUUUUGAGUACUCGUGCUGGUGGCUUGGGUAUCAAUCUUACCGCUGCCGAUACUGUCAUCUUUUACGACAGCGAUUGGAAUCCUACAAUCGAUAGUCAAGCUAUGGAUCGUGCCCAUAGAUUGGGUCAGACUAAACAAGUCCGUGUAUUCCGUCUCAUCACCCGGGGAACAAUUGAGGAGCGAAUUCGAAUGCGUGCUCAACAGAAAGAAGAGGUUCAACGUGUCGUCAUUCAAGGUGGUGACCCAGGUGCCAAGAAAAAUGUUGACUUCAAGGGCACUCGAGAAGUUGCCACUUGGCUCUUUGAUGAUGAUGAUGCCGAAAAACUAGAGAAGACCCUGGCGGAGAAAGAGCGGGAAGCAGAAGAGGCUAAAGCCAAGGGAGGUGCGAAGAGAGGCAAGAAAAAGAAGGCCGCCCCAUCAGCUAUGGAGGGUACCAAAGCGAUAGAUCUCGAGGAUCUAUAUCACGAAGGGGAAGGGAGAUUUGACGAUAGCGGAAAACCCAGUGAAGCUGGAACCCCAGCUGCUUCAGGUGCGCCAAUCUCGUCGAAAAAAAGAGGGCCAAAGGGUGGCAACAAAAAGAAAUCCACCCAAGAGAGACUUAAUAUGAUCGAUGGGGUUACGACCAACAAUAGAAACGGAGAUAAUGCGUAA